AUGAGUGCUCACGAACAAGAAAUUGAGCUUGCAAGAGAUCGAAUUCAUGACACGACGCAAAAAGCCGAUUCCUAUUUGGCAGGGUUGACCAAGCGUAUUGACGAAUACGAGAAGAAACACACAAGCUUCGAGCCAGCUGGCAAGUAUCUCAAGUCAGCAAUUGAAACUUCUCGUUCAGCCACAGAGAAGCUGAAAACUCAGGGUGAGAAUUUGUCCGAAAAGUCAGUUCCGAUGGCACUGGAUGGUAUGCAUGCCGUUCGUGAAUCGCUUGAUUCCCUUCAGCAGCAAACUGCUGCAUAUGACAAAAAGUUUGCGGGCUCCCAUGGGCAUCAAGCCGUCGAAACGUUGCAAAGUUAUGCUAUUGCCGGCCGACAACAUGCCACUGACGCCUUGGAGACAACAAACGAACAGUUGAUGAAGUUACGAGACGCAAUCGGUAACAUGGCUGGACAGGCUACUCAUGGGGCUCAAGUGGUUGUUGGCGAGGCCGUACGUGUAGCUGAAUUUGGCGAUGAAAAACUGGGGGUAAGCAAUAUAGCUAGCGGAGUCGUCCAAAAAGUACGCGACCUGGACACCCGCUUAGGUGUGACGGCUGUGGCCGCCAAAGUUGACGCAACAGUCACUGGUGGUAUUGGUUGUAAAAUUGCUACAGCAACAGUAGGAAUGGUGGCAGAAAGUGUGAACUACCUUUCGGAAACACUACAGAACGCGAAAUUGGCAGCCCAGCAUUCGGAGACAGCCCAAAGUGUCGAGGCGAAAGGUUCAGCUGUUACAGGAUCUGUCAUUGCCAAAAAAAAUGAGGUGCAAGAUACUUUUUCUAACGCAGCGGAGAAGGGGAAGGAGAUGAUUGGCAUGACCACGGAAGUUUCUAAAGAAAAGGCUGGUCAGACGAAGGAGUUGGCUGAAGAGAAAGCUGGACAGGCAUCAGACAAGGCUCGUGAGGUGACCGAAAAAACGAAGGCUAAGGCGGGUCAGGCGAAAGGGGUUGUAGAAGAGAAUGUUGAGUACGCUAAAGGUAAGGGUAGUGAGAUGACCGAGACAUCGAAAGACAAGGCUGGGCAGACUCAGGAUACUGCAAAAGAAACGAUUAAUCAGGCAGCAGAAAAAAGUGGCGAGGUGACCGAAGCAGCGAAGGGGAAAGCGGACCACGCCAAGAAUGGUGUGAAUGACAAAACUGACAAAGUAAAGAAGACGGUAUAG